AUGCUCGCGGACCGCAUAAAUAGGAUAUGUGGUCUAAGGGGGAAUCACAGACAUACAAUCAAGCCAGGUGCUUCCUUGGCAACGGUCUUUGACAAUGAUUCCUCCCAGGACUUGAAGAUUGAAGUUUCUUGGAAGAGAUUAACUUCCAAAGAUUUGGAUGGUAUAUGCCGUCUUAUCGCGGAAGGAGAUGCCGGAGCGCUCGUGAAAGUUGUUCACCUCUCAGACAACGAUCUUGGUCCGCAGGGGGCGCAGAAAGUCGUGACGGCGAUGAACAUGUCGGGUGUCCAGGAUUUGCUGUUGUGUUUCAACGAUGUUGGGAGAGAAGGUUGCGACGCACUCUCCAACAUAGUGAGUAUUUCAGUGAAUUUGCGGCUGCUUGAUUUACGUGGUAAUGGCCUCACUCCCCGUUGUGUGCACAAGCUGCUCAAGGCGGUUGCUGUGUCCACCAGUUUGAAGCGCCUUGGGCUUGGAUCCAACAAACUUGGACCGGAGGGCGCUGCCCUUCUGGCUCGAAAGUUAGAGAAGAACACAUAUCUCACUUCCCUUGACAUCUCGCUGAACGAAAUUGGACCGGGUGGUGCGAAGCCCAUUGCCAAACUUAUAGAGGGACCUGAAUGUGUGUUGGAGUGUGUGCAAUUGUACGGAAACCGUCUCGGACCAGAAGGCGUUUCCGAGAUUCUAGCGGCGGUUAAAAAGAAUCGUUCUAUUAAGCAGCUCACACUUGGAAACAACCACGCCACCGAUGCCGUAGCCGCUGAUCUUGCCGCCAUGUUGCGUGAAAACACUUCGCUGGAGCGCUUAGAUAUUCGGCUAAACACCCUAACAGCGGCAGCCGUCCGUGUCUUUGCACAAGAUGGUUUAGCACAAAACAGCGUGCUUCGGUCUCUCUGUCUUGCUGGAAAUCCUCUUGACAGCAUUGGAGGUGAGGAUAUAUCCCAGGCACUUAUUUUGUCCCAGGUGACCGUUCUCUCCCAUUUGGACCUCAGCUCGUGCCAACUUGGGCCGAUUGGCGGGAUGCGUAUCGCGAACCUCAUUGGCACAAGCUCUACCAUUACCGACGUGAACCUGAGUGACAAUAAGCUGGACGAUGAGGCAUCUGCUUCGCUUGCGAACAGCAUUUUGAACGGCGUGUCGAUUUCGUCGUUAAAUCUAUCUGCUAAUGAGAUUGGGGAGUGGAGCGCAAGCAAUUUGAUCGAGGCAACUCAACGCAAUUUCCGCAUGAUGUCACUUGUGCUCCAUGGGAAUAAAAUCAACCGCACAGUCCAGAAAAAGAUUGACACACUAUUGGAGGAGCGCCUUGCUCGCAAAAAUGCGGAGUGUCAGCGCACAUCAUCCUCUCGAGCAUGA